AUUAGAAUGCAAAUUCACUUCAAAAGUUGUAUAUAAAUUUGUCAUCAAAAAAGGAAAAGCCCGAAGUUAACGGACAUUUGACGGAAAAUUCAAGGAUACUUUUAUUGGGUUUUUUUUUCUAGUAACAAACGUUACUUCUAAAUUGAGGAAAAAUUAACCACGAAUUUUUCUUUCCAACUUUUGCUAUCAAAUUAUCUGCUGAUUCGGGCAGCAAAGUUCGGUGAUUUCAAUUGUCAAACACUGUCCAUUUCAAGCUAAAGUGGCUAUUAGGGAGAGUUUCGUCUCAGAAAUUGAAAUAAAACUUUUGACAUUUCGAUGGUGUACACUAUACAUAAAAAAUUUCAGUUCAAUUUUUUAGCUCUCUUAUACGUGAAAUAACAUAUACAUUUGACGUAAAAUUAAAGCUGCUACUUUACAUUUUACGUGUGGAAGAGAGCAAAAAUUGAAAUGAACUCUGUGUUUUUGCUCCCAAUAUAACAGGCACGAUAGCCAAAAAGGGUCAAAAUAAAAUAUCCUUAGUUGUGGCACAGGUGUGCGCUGUGUCCAUACACUUUCCCCACGUGACUCUACAAUUCUUGCUAGUGGUAAAAAAAAUAAGUGUAUUCGCUGUAAAUAUUCCGAGUAUGUUUGUGUGUUUUAAUAAAUUUAUGCAUAUUAAUCACCGAAGAAUAUAAUUAUGGGUGUCAUUAACAAAAUAUUAUCUGGGACUCGAAGAUUUUUUUCCAAGCGUGAAACCAGAGAUUCGCCGGCUAUAGCAGCACUAGAACGUGUUCUCAAGUUUGUAGACGAACAAGGCGGAUGGGAUAAACUUAUUAAUCCAAAAUGGGAUCAUGGGUUCAGACUCUUACUCCAAUUUACGAAUCUUAAUGACGAAGAAUGCGUUAAAUUAUUGCUAGAGCACAACGUUAAGGUGAAUGGGGAACCACAACCAGAUUAUAAUUUAACGCCGCUUCAAAUGGCUGUUAGAAAUAGAAAUAUUAAGAUUGUUAAAAUGCUUUUAGACUACGGUGCUGAGCCAAAUGUUUCUUGCAAAGGUACCAUGGAACCGAUCUGGCUCGCUGUCGCCCAUAAUACAGUAGAAAUUUUUCAACUCCUUAAAAGAUACGGCGCAGAUAUUCAUAGUGGUACCAGUAAAAAUUAUGACGACAAAUACGGCUUCUUUUCUUAUUAUUGUAAUUUUAAUUUAGCUGUAUGUAAUGGCUAUUCUGAAAUGGUGGCAUUGCUAUUAGAGGAAAGUAAUUUUGAUACAAAUGGGACUAGGAUACCGAUAAAUUUUUAUUUUUGUGCUAUAAAACGUGCAAAGGAAAAGUUUCCAAUAAUCAGUAAGAAGUUUAAAGACAUCACAGGCCGUUUAAUUGAACAUAUAAUUAAAGUAAAAAGCCAAAAUUCUGAUGUAUCAGAAGAAAACUUAUUGCUACUGCGUGACGAUGAAUUUAUUCUUCAUGUAAAUAAGUGCGAGGAAGAGAUAUUAAGAUUAAAGCCCAAAAUAAAUGACACGGAUUUUUCAUUUUAUGAUAUCCUGACAAAAAGUGAUGAUGCAUUGAUUCGCUUUGUUAGAAAUAUUAACGUGGUAUCAAGUUUUAAUGCAGAAAAAUUAAAGGUUGAAUUUCCCAUUUAUGGCAAAAAAAUUGUGUGUCGGUUUAAAAAAGCGUGCCGGCGUAAAUAUUUGGUAGAGAAAUGCAUACCAAUAUUUUCAAGAGAUUUUUGUUAUGGAAGUUUGGGUACGUUGCCAUUUGAGUGUAUCGAGAGAAUAUUUAGAUAUUUGUCAGACUACGAGCUUCAAAAAUUUAUUUAUAAGAUUCUCGCUCCACUGUAUUAACACGACUGAAUGGAGUUCUAAUUUUGUUGGGUCCAUGCAUGAAAAAUUGAAAAAUACGAUCGUUCAUUCACCGGCUAAUAUUUGACUCGAUGCACCACUCGCUCAUCUAGUCAUUUUUGGAAUUAAUUUAUUGAGUUGCCAUUGUGAGAAAAAUUUUGAGUCUCUAUUUACUGGACAAAAUCAGCAAGGAAAGUUCCGUUCGUCUUCGAGUGUGAAAGAGAAAAAAGUACAAGCUCUCUUAAUUCAAAUAUUUUAAAUUUAUCAAAAAUAAUAAAAAAAUGUAAUCUUUUUUUAAAAUUAUUAUUGUAUUUUCUAGUCCAAAAUCUAUUUUUAACUUAAAAUAAAUAAAUUAUUCAAAAGUCAUAUCUGUAACUUUUUU